AUUGCGAGAACGACUAAUUUGGACUAGAGAGAGCACUAUACUUGAAAGUACACGCGCAUUAACACAAUUAAAAUAAGAAAUUUGGCAUGCUCUUUUCUCCUUAUAAGACAUGUAUUCCUUCCCCCCAUUUUUUAGGCACCCACUCUAAAAAAAUGCAACCCAUUCCCUCUUAAAAACUCCUCCACACUCCGCCAUGAUCAGCCCCCACAAAUUAAUCUUCCUCAUAGCGGCGGUCUACGCCACUGCCGCGGCCGCCGAAGACCGCGCUGAAGCCGAGGCGCAAGGCAACAAGAGCGAAGCCCUUAAGCUCAAACUGGUUGCCAUCGCCUCCAUUCUCACCGCCGGCAGCCUCGGCGCCAGCUUCCCCCUCCUCGGCCGGAAGCUGGCCGCCCUCCGCCCCGAAAACGACAUAUUCCUCAUGGUCAAGGCCUUCGCCGGCGGCGUAGUGCUCGCCACCGGCUUCGUCCACAUCCUCCCCGACGCAUUCCGGAGCCUGACCUCUCCCAAAUUCCCCUUCUCCGGAUUCAUCGCCAUGGCUGCCGCCAUCGCGACCCUCGUGGUCGACACGGUCGCCACCUCCUUCUACGGGAGCGUGCACUCGAGCAAGGACGAGGAGGCGGCCGGCGACGCCGACUCUGCCUCCGGUCCCAAUGGGACCACGCAGUCGGAUAUUAUCCGACAGCGCAUAAUAUCACAAGUGUUGGAGGUGGGAAUGGUGGUGCACUCGGUGGUCAUCGGGAUAUCGCUGGGGGCGGCUCGGAGCGCCGCCACGAUAAAGCCGCUGCUGAUUGCGCUGUGUUUUCACCAAUUCUUCGAAGGGAUGGGGCUUGGAGGAUGCAUCUCACAGGCGAGAUUCAAGUGGCUUAAAACUGUGGUUAUGACGGUAUUCUUCUCGGUGACGGCCCCAGUGGGGAUCGGGAUUGGAAUCGGGAUUAGUACCGUCGGAGUGACAGUUGAGGGCGUGUUCGAGUCAGCAUCGGCCGGGAUAUUGAUAUACAUGGCCCUCGUCGAUCUAUUAGCAGCCGAUUUCAUGAGCCCCAGGAUGCAAAACAAUGUCAAGCUUCAAUUGGGAGCACAUAUUUCUCUUCUUCUUGGUGCAGGAUCUAUGUCCUUUCUAGCUAUGUGGGCUUGAUCACUAUUUCCAUCAUCACCCUUUUGUAAACUUUGGGACUUACUACGUCAAAACAGUAUUGUUAUACUAGUUUGUAUUUGUGGAUAUAUGUUAAUUAAUUUUAGUAAACUUUUUCUAUAACUUCUCAA